AUGCAUGUCUUUUCAGGUAUAUACAUCAUUAUGGGAGUUGCUAUUGGGGCUGCUGUCAUACUUUCGCUCUUCAUUGCUAUCUUCAUUUCAAAGAAAAUUAAGCACCGGCGGGCACAAAUGUUGAAGCGGCAGUUCUUCUUGAAGAAUCGUGGACAGUUGCUACAACAGUUGGUAUCUCAAAGAGCCGAUAUUGCGGAAAGAAUGGUUAUAACCUUGGAAGAGAUUGAGAAGGCCACAAAUAAUUUUGAUAAAACAUGUGAGCUUGGUGGCGGAGGGCAUGGCAUGGUUUACAAAGAGAUCUUAUCGGACCUCCAUGUUGUGGCCAUCAAGAAACCAAAGAAAGUGAUUCAAAAGGAGAUUGAUGAGUUCAUUAAUGAGGUUGCAAUCCUAUCACAGAUCAACCAUAGAAAUGUAGUAAAACUAUAUGGUUGCUGCCUUGAAACAGAAGUCCCCUUGUUGGUUUAUGAGUUCAUAUCCAACGGUACAUUUUAUGAGCAUCUUCAUGUUGAGGGGCCAAGAUCUUUGUCAUUGGAUGAUAGGUUGCGGAUGGCAACUGAAACAGCUAAAUUUCUAGCAUACCUUCACUCGACAGCUUCAAUACCUAUCAUCCACAAAGAUAUCAAGUUUGUUAACAUACUUCUCGCUGACAGCAAAGGUGGCUGA